GCAGGAGGAGGGGGCAAGAGAAAAGGCGAUUGGGGACACGGUUCGAAACGAUGAGGAAUGGGGGUGAGGAAGAGGACAGGAGGAGCGGAGUCAAUUGGGGCCAAAACUGGGGGAGGCUGGAUGGGGUCCAAGAGGAGGGAGGAGGGCUGAAGGGGAUCCCAAUCCCUUUGGGCAGGGAACCAAAAGGUCUUCCCACGCGUGGGCCAGGCCAAGGCCAGACUGGCCCCCAGAAAGGGAACACUUCCCCCCAAAGAGCUGGCCCCGUGGGUGGCCAGGCCUACCCCCCUCUCCCGACCUUGUCCACCUGUCCAUCCAUCUACCUGCCUACCUCUCCCCGGUGAGUUUGGAUAGCUGCUUAGUGUGGAUACCUAACUGUUAGACUGGUAGGAGGAGGCAGGUCCACAUGGUUUACCACAAGGCAUAAACAUUGUGCUUCAAAAUCUGCCUUUAACAAUGUGCAGCUAUUCCCCCCUGGGGAAGGCAGCUCGAAAAUUCUCAUGAAACCAACGAAGAAAGUAAAGUACACGUUUUCCCAUCAUAUACUGGGCUUGCCUGAUGGGUGAAGGAAUGUCAGAUCUACCCAAAUUGCCAGCAAAAACUAGAUCCUUGACCAGCAUUUAGCUGUCAUACCAGAACUUCCAUAAACCUGAAAAGUUGCCACCCUGAUUUAAGCAAGAAAUGUCGUUAAGACGAUAUCCAGUGCUCCAGGCUCCCAGCUUGCCACAGAGACGCCUCCUUUGGGCCACAGGGCAAUGUCUGUAGACACAGAACCACAUGCCUUGCUCCUUGGGAUUCUGCUACCAAAGUUCAGCUGGGUGACGUGUCAGGAUCAGGCAUCUGUGGUUUGUCCUGUAUUUGCUUCCGUAAUCCCUUCUUCUUGGUAUGUGUAGCAUCCCCAACUUGGAGUAAGGACAGGAGCGAUGUCAUGGAAAAUAAAUAUCAACCAUGUGAUGGAAGGUGGAGCAACCGUUAUGGUCCCUUACGAGCCUGGAUUCCUCCUGCUGGAUCUUUGGAACCCAUCUAUGCCAGGGAAAGAAUUAAGCAGUUCCGAAAAGAAUUAAGCAAUACCAAACCCGUUGCCAUCCAGUUGAUUCCAACUCACAGCGACCCCCUGUGUGUCAGAGUAGAACUGCUUCAUAGGUUUUUCUUGGCUGCCCUGGUGGUACAAUGGUUAAAGUGCUCAGCUGCUCACGUAAACCUUGGUGGUCCCCAGAGGUCGUGGCCCCAGACUCUCUGUUAGCCCAAGACUGGAACCAUUCCCAAAGCCAACUCUUCAAACAGGGAUUGGACUGGACUAUAAGACAAAAAUGAUACCGAUGAGGAGUGAGCUUCUUGGCUCAAGUAGACACAUGAGACUAUGUGGGCAGCUCCUGUCUGGAGGGGAGAUGAGAAGGCAGAGAGGGACAGGAGCUGGCUGAAUGGACAGGGGGAGUACAGGGUGGAGAGGUGGAGUGGGCUGUCACAUUAGGGGAAGAGCAGCUAGGAGUACAUAGCAAGGCGUGUUUAAGGCUUUGUGUGAGAGACUGACUUGAUUUGUAAACUUUCACUUAAAGCACAGUAAUAAAAAAAAAAAAGCAAAAGGUCAGUGGUUUGAACCACUGCAGCAUGGGAGGAAGAUGUAGCAGUCUGCUUCCGUGAAGGUUUACAGACUCGGAAACCCUGUGGGGCAGUACUGCUCUGUCCUGUAGGGCCACUGGGAGUCGGAGUCAACUCGGCGGCAGUGAGUUUAGUUUGUAUGGAAGCUUUACAAAGGCAAAUUUCCAGGCCUUUCUUCCAUGGCACCACUCGGUGGGCUUGAACUGCCGACCUUUAGGUUAGCAGUUGUCAGUAGUCAAACACAAACUGUUUGCCCUCUGCAUGUAGCAGACAGGUUCAAAAAAAUUAAAAACCAAGCCCAAGUUGAGAACACAAGAAGUUGGAGACACUUGGGAGGUGCUGGGAGGAGUCUCAAGGUCGCAGACCAGAAAACAGUUGGGAAGUUGACUGGUCCAGGGCCACAACCUGGGGACCUUUCUUGUGGAGUGUCUGUUGCCUAGCCCGGGGUGGGGACCUCCCUUGCAGAUCCUGCUGGGAGCUGAUACCCUGAAAAAGGAGACCCCCCCCCCAGCUUUCUGUCUGCUCUGAUCUCCCACUUAAUGGGAACUUCAUUCUUCUUAUUCGUCCCCACCCCAGGCCUCUUUCCCUUCCAUCUAUUAGGGUCCCAGGGCUGGCUCCACCUGUGCCACUAAUAAUGAGAAUAACUGCUGUGUCCUGAGGGCAGAUUGCUGACAGCUGGGGCAUUCCCUCCUCUGAGGUGCGCUGCAGCCCUUGAAGGAAACGACUCUUAAAUCUUCUAAGUGGGUUUGUGUGUGGCCAGUCAACUUAUAAAGAUAAGUGCAGGUCCCCACGCAUAAGUCUGGACACUUAGAAUAUGCCAUCGGAAAGUGGAGGCAGGACUGUGCCAGAGAGAUGUGGUCACAGCAUGAGAGCCUGUUUUUGCCUCUCCAGGUGCCUAGUCCCUGUUCCUGUGGAGUGGCCCCGUCCAGGCUGAGGGGGACAGCAGUGACGGCGCCCAGCAGCGGUUUCCUAAGAGCCUAGGGAGAGACUCCGUGCUUUUGUUCACCUUUGUGCAUGUAAAUGAAUGUGUGAUCGUUUGCACACAUGCAUAGGUGUGCCUGUGACUGCAUACAUAUGUGUGUGACUGUGCUUGCACGCAUGCGUGGCUUUGUGUGUGGCCGUGUGUGCAUGAAUGUGUGUAUGACCAUGUGUCCUUGUGUAUGGCCGUCUGGACAUGUGUGUGGCUAUGUGCAUGGAUGUGUGUGGCUGUGUGUACGUGUGAGUGACUUCAUGCAAAUGUGUGUGGCUGUGGACAUGCACGAGGCUGCAUGUGCAUGAGUGUGUGUGUGGUUGUCUAUACACAUGAGUAUGAUUGCAGUCACGUGUGUGACAGUGUGUGUGGCUGUGUGUGUACAUGUGAGCGUGGCUGCGUGCACAAGUGUGCGGCUGCGUGUACGUGCGUGUGUGCUCGGGAGCAGGCCCACGCCGGUCCUCAGGCCCGCCCACCUACUAGCCUGCCCACCGUAGGAGGUGAUGGGCUGCUGCUAAAAUCUCCUGAGUGUAUGUUAGAUGUUCAUAAGUGAGAGAUCAUCCUCGUGCUGGUUCAUGUCUGCGUUACAGCUGUACUCUUGGCUUCCUCUAAAGUUGUGGUUGAUUCCUGGAAAACCACCUCUCAUUAUGUAAAUCACGUAGUUUCCCUAAAUUAUUAAAAUCUUCCUCUGUGCCUUUCUGUCUUGUAGCUCACAGCACUGGAAGAAACCCUGACACUUUCCUUAUUCGAGGCUUUCAGAAAUGUUUUCCAAAAGUCACACAUGCUUAUAGCAGCAACAACAAAAAGAUAUAAAGUAGAAAAUGACAGCCACCAGUAAAUCCACUCCCCAGGGAUAACCGUCAUUAGCAUUCUGGUGUGAGUCUUUCCAGACCCUUUAACACAUGUAUUUAAACAAAAAUAGGAUCUCAGUCCACCACCUGUCUGUCAGUCUGUCGUGAUGUGGGGGCUUGCGUGUUGCGGUGAUGCUGGAAGCUCUGCCACUGGUAUUUCAAACCCCAGCAGUGUCACCCGUAGUGGACAGGUUUCAGCAGAGCUUUUGUACUCAGACAGACUAGGAAGAAAGGCCCGGUGAUCUGCUUCCGAAAUGAGCCAAUGAAAACCCUAUGAAUCACAACAGAAUGUUGUCUGAUACAGUGCUGGACGAUGGACCUGUUGGAUUGGAAGGUACUCAGGGUACAUAGUGGCUGCAACAGUGGACUCAAGCAUUCCAAUGAUUGCGAAGAUGGGGCAGGACUGGGCAGCGUUUCAUUCUAUAGUGUAUGACGUUACUGUGAGUCAGAGCUGACUCGAAGGCAGCUGUUGGUCUAGGAUCAUGGCAUACAUACUUCUGUGUAGCCUGCUUGUUUUCAUUUAAUGAUGCUUGAGUCAAAUCUUCCCAUGACAAUCAAUAAAAUGUACAUUUUUUAAUAGCUGCCAUAGUAUUUCGUGUGUGGAUGGGACCAUACUUCACGUAACCAUUCCAGUGGUUUGCUGUUAUAAAUACUGCUGUGAUGAACAUCUUUGUGUAUCUCUAUCUUUGGACUUCUGUCCCAUUGCUUCCUUGGGAGAAAUUCCAGCAGUAGAAAUUGCUAGGUCAGAAGUUAGUUUUGCCAUUUAAAUUUUGCAGCACGCUGUCAUUUUUCCCAGAGUAAGCAUCUGCUGAGUGCUGCCGUCUCGGUGCCCUCCUCCUCACUGGGUUUUUCCCCAUGCUUUUUCCCUAAAGAGCGUUGUUUACUCUUUUCUGAAUCCUAGGUAUGUCUGAUGCCGAAGCGGAGCGUCUCCCUGUGCCUCACGUGUGCCACAGGGCAUGCCAUGGCUAGGGAGCGCCCCCCGGAGCUGAGUUCACCUCCCACCAAGCCAGACCUCACACAGUGCCAAGCUCACAGCACUCCACGGAGGAAGAUGGCCCACGCUGGGAGCACGCCCUGAGCAGCUGCCUCUGAUCGCUCAGCCAAGCAGAAGGGGGUCGUGAGCUGCCCGAGGAGCCAGUGGCUGGGAGCCCGGAACGACCCAGCCUUGAUCCCAGCUCGCCCACAAGAUGUGGACAGUCCUUCUGCUCGUAUGGGUUUUCUGCUCAUCCUUCUCUGAAAGCCAAGUGGCAUCGCAUUCUUCAGGUUACUCAUUCCCUAAGAAGACGCAGAGUCAUUCAGUCCAGGACAGUCCAGCCGGGGAAUCCGCAGCAAGGGCUGAGGAUAAAACGUCUGAAAGAAUAACCGUGGUGAUACCUUCUCCUGUCACGUUAACCAAAGGGACUUUGGUGACUGACACCAACUCUACUGAAGUCACAACCGAAACAAUGAACAGGACAGAGGCGGGUAUGACAGCAGCCAGUGCAGGCCGCACCAGCCGCACGUCCCCCAGAGCCCCCACAGGGCCCGCAUUGUCCGUCCCCACGUCUGCCUCACAGACUUCGUCCACAGCAGCCACCAGGCCUCCACCUCUGAGCACACCCCCUGCACACGCGCCAGGAACAGUAGCCACAACGGCAGCCCCGGGCGCUGAGACUGUGGCUACGACCAGGCCAAGUACAGGCAGUCCCGUUAGCAGGCACAGUCCUUCCGGGCCUACCACGGGUAACUCCACAGCCAACGUCACCUCUGCCACACGCGCCCAGGCUCCUAGCACAUCUGCACAGGGUCCCACCUCCCAGACGUCACCAGGCUGGCCUGUGGUUAACAUGACAAGCGGGUCCACACCCACCCUCUCGGCCACAACGCCCAAGCCCACCACCGUCCCCUCUGUGGCUUCAGUGUCCACCGCAACAACAGCCACAACCAAGGCACAAACACAGGAGCCACCUGCCAGCACAGCGCCAGUACCUCACACUAGCCCAACCCCCACGGCAAAGGCCCCGUCCUCCACAACACAGAUGAAGCCAAACCUUACGCCAUCGACCCAGGGGACCACGGGGCCAGUCGUGACCCAGACCCCUGCGUCGGCAGGGACGGAAGCUGCACCAGGUACUGCUCCUGCUGGGCCAACAACCCUCUCAAGCUCCGGAGACACCAAGGUGCCAGCCACAGAAGCGUGUCCGCUCAGCACCCAAGGCCAGUACCUGGUGGUCACCACCGAGCCCCUUGCCCUGUCCCUGGUGAACAAGAGCUUCCUCCUGGCGGUGCUCCUCCUUGGGGUGACCCUUUUCAUCACCGUCCUGGUUUUGUUUGCCCUGCAAGCCUAUGAGAGCUACAAGAAGAAGGACUACACGCAGGUGGACUAUUUAAUCAACGGAAUGUACGCCGACUCAGAAAUGUGAGUCCGGGGAGGCCGCCUGCAGCCGUUCCCGAGCGGGGGCGGGUGCCAGGCCAGGCCCUUCCCUGUCCUUCCGUUUUGCCUCCAAGACCAAACCAAGUGCUUCCAAAUUCUUUUGGUGCAAUUUAGAAGAUAGACCGGAUGCUUACAUGUGCUUAAUCGCUGUCCAGUUAAUUCCAUGAUCACUAAAGAGUUGCUGCUUUUUUCAUAUUUAUUUUUGUAAAUGAUCAUGUUGACAAGCGCGGGCAAUAAUCCUAAUAGCUCUGCUGCCGGGUAGGGCAGGCGGGCCACGUGGCCCCUGGUGUCUCAGAUCCUGACCCAAAUUAAAGCAAUGACGCUUUCUGGUGA